AUGGCUCACCCAAGAACAAGGACUUCCGCUCGUCCUCAAUCUUCCACUGUCAAAGAUAUUGCUCCACCCUCUUUUGGCGGCAUCCCUCCAACUAGCUCAAUCGGUCACACACCUUUGAUUCUGACAGGCUCCGUUGACACUAGGGUUCAUCACAACACCCAAAUAAAUCCAAAUCUGGAAAACAAUGAUCGUUCAGCUCAUGAAGAUCCCUAUUUCCUAGAGUCUGUCGAUCAUCCAGGUAUAAUUCUUACAUCUCCUCUUCUCGUACUACAAAAUUUUCAAUCUUGGAGAAGAGAUUUCAAGAUUUCAAUUGGGGCUAAGAAUAAAUUUUCCUUCAUCAAUGGUUCUCUACCUCAACCACUUGCCUCUGAUCCUCAUUUCAAUGCUUGGAAACACUGUAACCAAAUGGUCAUGUCAUGGCUUUUUCACUCGAUUUCACCUGAGAUCAAGACAAGUAUUAUGUACCUUGAAUAUGCGGCAGCAAUGUGGAGUGAGCUCAAUCAUUGUUUUGAUCAAGUUAAUGUUCCCAAUAUCUUUGAACUUCAUGAAUCUCUUAUUACUCUUCAUCAGGGUUCUGAUACUAUAAGCACCUAA